AUGACUGCUGCGAUUGAAGAACCGCUGCCCCGGGGCAAUAUUCAACGCCGUCCGAAUGGCGGGACUACACCUCCGCUCAACGUCCAGCCAUUUACCAAUGGGUUUGCACUCCAAGAAGACAUCAAUGGCUCGCAUGGCCCACCUGGGCUCUCAUAUGAGCUUCCCAAGGUUUCACUGAUAGAUAGAUUCAUUGACGAACCCCGCCCACUCCAAGUCGCCGUUAUAGGCGGAGGCUUGGCGGGCGUCCUUGCAGGGAUUCUCCUGCCGGCCAAAGUCCCCGGAAUUGACUUGACCAUUAUUGAAAAGAAUAACGACUUUGGCGGUACCUGGUUGGAGAAUAUCUACCCUGGCGUGCGAUGUGAUAUCCCCUCGCAUGUGUACCAAUCUACAUUUGCUCCCAAGAAAGACUGGUCGGACAAGUUCGCUCCAGGGCAAGAGAUAAGAGACUACUGGCAGUCAGUUGCUCGGAAGUACAAUGUUUACAAGUAUGCAAAGUUUGGUCACCGAGUUGACUCUGCGGCAUGGGACGCAGAUGCAGGCAAGUGGUCGCUUCGUGUGACCGAAACCAAGUCGGGGAGCCUAUCAACGCUAGAGUACGAUUUUAUCAUCGCAGCAGUUGGGCGUUUUAAUGACUGGAAGCUACCAGACUAUCCGGGAAUGUCAGAGUACAAGGGCAACCUGCGACACGCUUCAAAUUGGGACGCUACGUUUGAUCCCUCUGGGAAAACAGUGGCUGUGAUUGGCAACGGAGCAAGCGGAAUACAAGUCGUUGCAAACCUGCAGAAAAAGGUCGCCCGUCUUGACCAUUAUGCGAGAAGCAAGACGUGGAUAGCGACAAGCUGGGCAGGUGACGAGAGAACCCUCCCAGCACAGCCAAUAUCCCAAGAAGAGCAGAAAGGCUUCCAAGAUGACGAGGCAUACCUCAAAUUCAGGAAGGAGCUCGAGGACAAGUACUGGCGACGGUUCGACUCCUUCUUUCGCGGCACGGCUGAAAAUGCAGAGCUCAAGGCAAACUUCACCAACAUCAUGAAACGGCGCCUUGCCAGCAAACCAGAGCUCGCAGACCAAUUGGUGCCCGACUUUUCGCCAAAUUGUCGUCGACUUACUCCUGGGCCGGGCUACUUGGAAGCAAUUGUUCAAGACAAUGUAGACUACAUCCAGACAAAGAUCCGUCGCUUCACCGAGUCUGGUAUAGAAACGGAAGAUGGAAAGCACCGGGCUGUGGAUGCGGUUAUUUGCGCUACCGGAUCAAGACCAGACCUUAUUCCUGCGUUCUCAAUUACCGCCCAUGACAAGAAACUUGCCGACUUGUGGAAACAAGAUGGCGUCUAUGGGUUUCCCUACACAUAUUUUGGAGUGGCGACGCCUGGAUUUCCCAACCUGUUGUUCUUGCAUGGGCCACAUGGCACAGGACCUUCGGGGACGGUACCACAUUCUGUAGAGACGCAACUUGCCUAUUUCGCAAAGAUUCUGCGAAAAGUGUCGAGAGAAGGCAUCAAGUCGAUGGAUGCGUCUAGCGGAGCUGCCGACGACUUUGUCCAAUACUGCGACGCCUUCUUUGCCAACACGGUGCUGUCCGACAACUGCAGCUCAUGGUACAACGGCGGUCGCUCCGGGUCUCGAGUUCAUGGAGUUUGGCCUGGUAGCGCGGCUCAUUUGAGUAUAGUUCGGCGAGAGCCAAGGUGGGAGGAUUUCAAGUAUGAGUAUCUUGGCGAUACCGGCAAUAGAUUUCUCUGGUACUUUGGGAACGGCAAGACAAGCAAGGAGUUGAACCCGGAGUCGGACAUGACGUCCUAUCUGAAGAAACCCAGCGAGAUAGACUUGAGAGAGCUGUAUGAAAGCUGGUGGGAUUUACCAUGA